AUGGGCGCUCCGAGGCCGCGGGCUGGUUCACAGGGUGGGCCCGCCACCUCCGUGGGCCCAGUUGCCGCGGGCUGCGCGGCGGUGGCCACGUCCGCCGCGGCAGUGCGCCUGGCGACGACGUCCGCUUUUGCCGCGCCAGGGAAGCAGCCGAGGGCGCCUCCGACGCUGCGCGCGCAGCAGGGCCGCACGAAGCCCGAGGCCGCAGCCCAGCUGCCGCAGGCGCCCGCGAUGGCAGCGCCCCAGGCGCACGAUGCGGGUCGGCCCUCGCCGCGGCUUCUGGGCAUGCUGGCGUGCGGCGCCGCCACGGCGGUUGGCGCGAGGAGGAUGCUGCGCCGCGGAGCUCGUGCUGCUCGCUUGGCGCCGCGGCGCCGCAGCGCCCGCCUCACCGCGGGCAGCUGGGCGCCAGCGCCGCUCGCAGGCCGCGAGGGGCCUCCGCCGCGGAGCCGCACGGCCCUGCGUGCCGCGGAGGACCCGGAGCUGCUGGAGGCCGUGGCGCAGCUGCGCCUCGUGGCGGAAGCGUUGGGUCCGCAGGCGGCGGAGGCCAUGGCCCGGGUGCCCCAAGAGCUCCUCACACUCUUGGGCCCGCCGCAGCCGGCCAACGCAGUCGAGCUGGACGGCAGCUCGGCGCUGAAGUCGAUUUCCGAGUUCUUCUUCGACCCACGGUUGCAGUGGGACGAGAACGGCAAUAUCCUGAAGGACCCUCAGGGGAACGACCUGCCUGACAACUUGUGGACUCAAUUCGUGGCUGUGCAGGCGACCCUCAUCAAGAGGCUGGACCAGGCAAUCCCAGACUUCGUCCCAGGCUCCUUCGGCGUUGCCGUGGCGCUGUACACGCUGCUGGUGCGCGUGGCCCUCUACCCCUUCAUCAAGGGCCAGCUGGAGACCACCGCCAAGAUCCAGGUGCUGGCGCCGCGUGUCAACGAGCUCAAGGAAAAGUACAAGGACGACGAGGAAAGGAUGCAGCAGGAGGUGGGCAUGCUCUACAUGGACCUGCAGAUCGACCCUCUCGCCGCGAUCCUCCCGCUGCUUCUGCAGCUGCCCGUUUUCUGGGGCCUGUACCGUGGAGUGCGCCGUCUAGCGAUCGUCGAGUACGAGCCACUGAAGGAGAGUUUCCUGUGGAUCCCCUCGCUGUAUGGCCCAAACUUCAAGCCGGACCCGAGCUUCGACUGGAUCAUGAAUUGGAAAGGUCCGCUGAUCGAGCUCGCGCCCAAGAUCGGUUGGGAGAAUUUCCUUCUCUAUUCCAUCCUGCCGCUUGGAGUCGUCCUCGGCUACAGAGAGGUGCUCAAGGACAGCUUGAACGACGAGAAGAGCCCCAAGAUCCUGCAGAUCUUCCCCUUCUUUUUGGGCUUCAUCUGCGUGGAGCUGCCGCAGGCCAUGGGCAUCUACAUCGCCAUGAACAUGGCCUCCUCCGUAGCGCUCACGACGUACACGAAAAACAGCAUCGCCGCGAAGAUACCAGGCUACCAGGAGUUCGUUGACACCGGCAAGUGGCCUCCGGGAGUUGACCCCGAGAAGGUGCUGGCGAAGGCCUUCGGCGUGCAGCGACUCACCUCGGACAGCGACUUCGAGGACCCUGCCACAGUACCGGAGGCGGUGUUCGCCGGACGCGCGGACUACAUCCCGGUGUUGCUGGAGAAGGAGGGGCGCAAGAUCGACGAGUACGACAACAGGGGCAUCCCCGCGAGCGCCUACACGAUUGCGCUCGACAACGAAGACCUUCUUGUCCGUCUCUUCGAGCUGGGUGCGGACCCGCUGGUGCUCGACAGCAAGAAGAAUUCCCUGCUUCACUACUGCUGCGGCUACGGCCGAUCGAACUUCCUGCCGACCCUGCUGAAGUGGAAUACCGAGUCGCUCCUGAGCCAGCCCAACGAGGAAGGCCAGACCCCUCUGGACGUGGCACGCAUGAACCUGUCUCAGGCCAAGGUGGCCGAUGAUUGCCGCAAGGCGAUCAAGCUGCUGGAGGAGAGAGGCGCCGAGGGCAAGACGACCACGCAGGCGGACGAGGAGAAGUUCGAGAAGGCGCGGGAGCAGAAGGAGCGCGACGCGCAGGUCAAGAAGGCCAAGGCCGCGCUGAUGGCGCUCGCCAAGGGCGCGGGCCCCGCUCUGGACGCUGCCGCGGCCGCUGCGCAGGACGGGGCCGCCGCGGAGGCGGAGAAGCCCGCGGAGAAGCACAGCGGCAAGUCUGCCAUCGAGGAGUCCCUGCAGCGCGUGAAGAGCCUGGACGUCGAGACGAUCCGGGAGAGGCUGGGCGGCAAGAUGACCGAGGAGCAGCUCGAGAAGCUGACGGUGCGGCUCCGCACGAUGAGCCCCGAAGAUCUGGCCGAGUUCGCCUCUGGCAUGAAGAUCGUGAGGGAGGAGACCGCUUCGCACACAGGCGGGGAGGGAGCCCCAGAGCCGGCGCCCUCCCAGUCCGCGCCGGCUGCGGAGGCGCCGAAGAAAGUGAGCGCACUCGUUGACUGA